CCGCAGCUCUUCCCGGCAAGAGGCCGCCCGGCGUUUUCUUGCAACAUGCUGCUGGCGAGCAGGAGGAAGCACACGACUCGGGUUUGCUGACCCCGCACUUCUCCAGUCGCUUCGGCCGAGCGUCUGACAGCCAUGGACACGUCCCAGAUCUUCUACAGCUUCUUCUUCGAGUACGAAACCCCGAGGAUCGUGUCCAUCAAGAGCCGCAAAGUGGGGUUCACGAAGCGCCUGAUCCAGCUGGUUAUCUUGGCCUACGUCAUCGGUUGGGUCUUUUGGGAAAAGGCUUACCAAGAAACCGACUCGGUGGUGAGCUCGGUAACCACCAAGAUGAAAGGCGUCACCAUGACCAACACCUCCGACUUGGGACCCCGGGUUUGGGAUGUGGCAGAUUACGUAUUCCAUCUCAGGUGAGCGGAGAACUCGGUUUUCGUCAUGACAAAUAUGAUCGUCACGCUGAAUCAGACUCAAGGGAGUUGUCCAGAGUUCCCAGAUAAGACUACCACGUGCGAGUCAGAUGCAGACUGCAAAAAAGGCUACUCCGGCACCCACAGCAAUGGUGUUCAGACCGGAAAAUGCGUAGUGUACAAUCAGACAGACACUACAAUCAUUAAGACUUGUGAGGUCUUUGCUUGGUGUCCAGUGGAGAAGAAUGAGAAUUUACCCAAUCCAGCUUUCUUGCGGGGUGCUGAGGAAUUUACCCUCCUUGUGAAAAACAACAUCUGGUACCCAAAGUUCAACUUUACAAAGAGAAACAUACUUCCCUUCAUCAAUCGCACCUACCUGAAGGGCUGUAAAUACAAUGUCGAGACGGAUCCCUUUUGCCCGAUUUUUCGCCUCGGGGACAUAGUUAAAGGUGCUGGCCAGAACUUUCAAGAGAUGGCGGUUGAGGGUGGCGUGAUGGGCCUGCAGAUCCGAUGGGAUUGCGACUUGGACACUUCAGCUUCGCUCGUGCCGAAGUAUUCCUUUCGGCGAAUUGACAACAAGGAUCCUGCUCAUUCCAUUUCCCCAGGAUUCAACUUCAGGUUUGCAAAAUACUACCGCACCGCCACCGGCGUUCAGUACCGGACAUUUGUAAAGGCUUAUGGCAUACGCUUUGACAUUAUGGUGUUUGGCACGGCUGGGAAAUUCGACAUCAUCCCUACUAUAAUCAGUAUUGGAUCCGGCUUCGCUCUGUUUGGCAUGGCCACCAUCUUCUGUGAUAUCAUUGUCCUGUAUAUUAUGAAGAAAAGAUACUUGUAUAGAGAGAAGAAAUACAAACGCGUGGACGAGUACGAAUUGCUCCGGCAUACGGAUGGAUGCCAGGCAGAAGUCCAAGACUGAGCCACAAUGCGAUGAUCCUUCACAAACGAUCCUGCUCAUCUCACCCCAGCCAAGAUGAUCCGUGAUUCCUCCGUCUCACCCCGGCCUCCGUCCAGCUUUGCUUCUGUUGGUGGACUCCUGAACCAAAAUGGAAAGCAAUCUUCUCCUGAAAACCUUCCAAUGCUUUUUGGGCGCGGGGUCUGCCAAGCUUUGAGUAGACCGAGAGUUUUGCAUCGGAUCUUCUAUGUGCCUCGCCCACCGUCCAGUCCUUUGGACAGAUGGGGAUGUAGGCACAGAUGUGGUGGGACCAAGAAAACUUCUUUGCUAUUUCUGGAAUUGCCGAUUUCUGAUCUGCUUCUCUUCGUUACGUAUCACACACCCCACCCACUCAUUUGGAAAGGGUGGAAAGAGUCACUUUUCCAUGGUCAUCCCCUUUUUUUUUAAGGGAUGCAAUUUGCAAUCUCUAUUUUUGAAAUUAAGCGGAUCUUGAGAAUGCCCGCUGGACUAGAAUUCCAACCUGGAGAUCCCCAGGAUGUUAAAUAAAUGCAACAUGCUGGCAUGUUCGCCUCUUCCCUCUCCAGCUUCUACUACUGAAUCCCUGCUGCCCUGUUUCUAAACACGGAAAUUUCAUAAGACAGAUGAAAAGAUAAUGGCACUUUCCCUCAAAAGUGCAAAUAAUCUGUUUUGCAAGACAAAAAAAGGCACUGGGAAUUAUGA